AUGGCUUCUAAGGUGCGAAAAGUAACUUCGAGACAGAAAAAAAAUGUAAAAGAAAAAGAUACGGUGAAAAUUGAAGAGACUGAAUUUGAUCCAAGUCUUCUGCCUCUUCCAGCAUCCUCUACUAAGCAGGCUACACAACGUCUUUAUCGAGAAUUGAGAUUAAUUGUGCAUAAACAGGACACUCCCUCUAAUGAUUUGGGUUUUUAUGUAAAGCUUGAUCAACUGCAUUCAAUCUAUCAAUGGGUUGUACAACUUAAAAACUUUGAUCCAUCUAUUCCAUUGGCCCAAGAUAUGGCACGACAUAAUGUGGAAAGCAUUGAACUUGAAGUUCGUUUUGCUCCUGAUUAUCCAAAUUUACCUCCCUAUAUUCGUGUCCUCCGGCCAAGACUUUUGAGAUUUAUGAAUGGCGGUGGUGGUCAUGUAACGGCAGGUGGAUCCGUUUGUAUGGAAUUGCUAACAUUGGGUAAUUCUCAUGAUCGAGGUUGGUACCCAGAAUAUACUAUGGAAGCAGUGUUACUGCAGGUGAAAUUAGCAUUGAGUUCCUUGAAUCCACCAGCAAGACUUGAUUAUGAUUGGAAAAGGGAUUAUAAUGCACGAGAGGCAAUGGACGGUUAUAUUAGAUCUGCUAAUCUUCAUGGAUGGGUCAUUCCACCUCAUUGGACUACUUUAUUUAAACGUUAA